UCUUGGAAGAGAGCCACACCUAUUUGCGACUAGCAAUCGCUGGAUCUGACGUGCGGCUGACAUGCUUAUACUGAAUAUGUGAAGAUACUAUGGAGAUUGACGUUUUCCGGGGUAUUCGAGUUGGUAAUGUAUGGUGUAUGUUGUCUCUCCGACAACGUAACCCUCGGUCCUCGGUCUUCGUGCUUACCCCUCAUGAGGAGGAAAUUGAUAGGCGAGCUGUUACAUGACAGCACCAUCUACUUGAUCUACUUUAUUGUAUUGAGACAUCAUAAUAUUUGAAGAUGCCAGACGAUAAAAAUCCCGGCACGUCAGCGACGAAGCGGCUGCGCCAAGUGUCAUCGCAUCUAAAUCUCCCUGCAGAUUAUGCUGACGUGCGUGAGCAAAUCAAGACGCUCCAAUCGAUCGCUGCAACACCAGAUCCGUCCCGUCGGGGCUACGUCCGACAAAAACAAGCUGGUAAAUUAUGGGUACGCGAACGACUUGAACAGGUUCUAGAUGCGGGCAGUUUCGAGGAAAUCGGAUCGUUGUCUGGAACGGUAGAAUGGAAGAAAACCGGACCCAUGAGGGAGAAACCAGUUUCUUUUGUCCCGAGCAAUAAUGUCCAGGGGAUGGGGAAACUUCGCGGUAGACGUGUGCUAUUGACAGCGGACGAUUUCUCUCUACGCAGUGGCCAUGCAGACGGCGCAUCGGCAGGGAAGACGAUCUACCUAGAGAAACUAGCGGUAGCGCUCAAAAUACCUGUGGUUAAACUGGUCGAUGGCAGUUCUGGUGGGGGUAGUGUCACGACGAUUCGAACAGAAGGCUGGAGCUAUCUUCCCUACGUGCCGAUGUUUCACCAUGUCAUCCAGCAAUUGAACGAUGGCAUUCCGAACGUCGGUGCGAUCCUGGGUCCUGCGAUCGGACUUGGAGCUGCCCGUGUCACUUCGUGCCAUUUCUCGGUGAUGGCCGCUGAUGUAGGUGCCCUAUUUAACGCCGGUCCAGAGGUAGUAAAGGGUGCUACCUUCGAAGACGGUCUAGGCUUUCAAGACCUGGGUGGACCUGCGAUUCACUGCACCAACGGGACCAUUGACAACAUGGCCGCCAAUGAAGCCGAAUGUUUCGAGCAGCUUCGAACAGUGCUGAGCUACCUCCCUAACUGUGGUCGAUACAAUGCACCGCCAGUAGUUCCCUGCAAUGACCCAGUGGAUCGGGAAGACGAAUCGCUACGUCGAAUUAUUCCCCGCAAGCAAACCCGGAUGUACAAUCCCUGGACAAUCAUCAAAAGCGUUGUCGACCAUGACUCGUUCUUCGAAAUUGGGUCUCUCUGGGGCCGCACUGCUAUAUCAGGAUUGGCUCGUCUCGGCGGACGUCCCGUGGGAAUCAUAUCGCUAAACUGUGAAGUAAACAGUGGUGCCCUAGACGCAGCAGGGAGUCAGAAGCUUGCUCGCUUAUUGAAGUUGUGCGACGUAAUGAACCUUCCGGUCUUGCAAUUCGUUGACGUCCCGGGCUAUGCCAUCGGAACAGUAGCCGAGCGAACCGCAACAAUGCGAUGGGGUAUCGAACUAGCAAAGGCCUAUUUCGGUACUACAAUACCUAUAUUCAGUGUGAUAACCAGGCGCGCAUACGGUGUUGCUGGAGGCGUCAUGCUAGGGGCACGAGAUCCCCAUAUCCAAGUCGCGUGGCCGUCCGGACAAUGGGGGUCACUACCUCUAGAGGGUGGUAUUGAGGUCGGACACCGGCAUGAACUGCGUGAGGCAGAAAAGCAGGGUAGGAAGGAAGAGCGGUAUCAGGAGUUAGAAGAGGAGUACCGCCGGUUGAUGAACCCUGUUCGAACGGCGAAUGCGUUUGGUGUUGAGGAAAUUAUUGACCCGAAGGACACCCGGAGCGUAGUUUGUGGGUGGGCGAAGCAUGUUUAUAAGACGCUGAUGCCGAUUAGACUUACGGAUCGGGCGUCUGGGAGGAUUCAUCCUUCAUUUAGCUGAUUGAGGAUGGUUUGAACGUCGGGAGAAGCGCAUUCUAUACCAUGGAAAGCAUAUAGCAGGUAGCAAAUUAGUAUUCUUGAACUAUAUACCUACUCAGACAAGGCAUUUCUCUCCGUUAAUAUAAAUAUCAAAACCUAUAUUACUCCGCGCCAAUCACACAGAGUCCAUCUUGUCAAUUAUUUUAGAUAUAUUAAAGAGUGGAGCGCCGUCAGCCCUGAAUCUGGGUGUCGUUCAUUUAACCGAAAUGAUGGCUUGGCAGCGUUUUGGCUAUUGAUAAACUGGAUGUACCCAGUCUCAGGAUCAAGAUUAUUAUUCCUGCAGAGAUGACGGCAUUCACGGUCGUCAAUGGCCAGAUCUAUACCCCAGGCU